AUUAAUAACUUUCCAACAUCCUUGUAAGUGGACUCUCUCAAACACUCCUACCACACUCUCACCUACCCUCAGGAACACCCGACACAGCACGUUGAGUUUGCAAAUGGCUGACGCUGUAUCGGCCGAAGGUCGUGGACGUGGUGGAUUUGGUCGCGGAGACCGCGGUGGUCGUGGAGGCGACAGGCGCGGACGUCGUGGUGACCGUGGUCGCGGAAGGCGCGGAGGCCGCAAGGAUGACGGAGCCAAGGAAUGGGUUCCCGUCACCAAGCUCGGUCGUCUCGUAAAGGACGGCAAGAUCAAGUCCAUCGAGGAGAUCUAUCUCUUCUCUUUGCCCAUCAAGGAAUUCCAGAUUGUGGAUUUCUUCCUCCCCAAGCUGAAGGAUGAGGUCAUGAAGAUUAUGCCCGUCCAGAAGCAGACCCGCGCCGGUCAGCGCACCCGUUUCAAGGCCUUCGUCGUCAUCGGAGACUUCAACGGCCACGUCGGUCUUGGUGUCAAGUGCUCCAAGGAAGUCGCCACCGCCAUCCGUGGUGCCAUCAUCCUCGCCAAGCUCAGCGUCAUCCCCGUCCGUCGCGGUUAUUGGGGAACCAUUCUCGGUGAGCCCCACACCGUCCCGGCCAAGGUCACCGGCAAAUGCGGUUCCGUCCUCGCCCGUUUGGUCCCGGCCCCCCGUGGUACCGGCCUCGUUGCCGCUCCUGUCCCCAAGAAGUUGUUGCAGCUCGCUGGUAUCCAAGACUGUUACACCACCUCCAGGGGUUCCACCAAAACCCUCGGAAACUUUGUCAAGGCUACCUUCCAGGCUAUUGGAAACACCUACGGUUUCCUCACCCCGGACCUCUGGGCUGAGACUACCUUCUCCAAGAGCCCCUACCAGGAAUGGUCUGACUGGCUCGCUAAGACCGGCAAGCGCCAGUAAAUGUAUAUGGAUAAGGCUUCAUCCUGUAUUUUGAUGGCAAUCGGCCGUCGGUUAUUUUACUGAAAAUCAAAAGUAUCAAAAACCGCCGAAAU